AUGGCACCGAUCACCUUCAAAGCCUUAUUGACGCAAUUAGAUGAGUUAUUGGUUCGCAAGGAGGCUUAUUGGCAGCAAAGAGCUAAGGUGACUUGGCUUCGCGACGGGGAUAGGAAUACCAGAUUCUUUCACCAACGAGCCAACAUGCGGAAGCAGAGAAAUCAUAUUCAUGGACUAACCGAUAGCAAUGGUGUAUGGAAGGAGGACAGCGCAGCAGUCCAGGAAAUAGUGGUGGAUUAUUUCACAUACCUUUUCACCUCUAAUUGUAGACGCAAGGAGGAUAUUCUUCUCAAUACUGUUGAACCAUGUGUGACACCAGCCAUGAAUGCCUCGCUCUUUACUGGCUUCACUGAGCAGGAAGUAAAGCAAGCUGUCUUUCAGAUGUACCCAACCAAGGCACCUGGCCCGGAUGGAAUGCCACCUGUCUUUUUUCAGAAAUAUUGGCACAUUGUGCGCAACGAUGUGUCUUGA